GAGAGAAACGGCGUCAGUUACGGAGAGUUUAAAUUGUUGUUGAACGAAUGUAACAGUAAAGGAAUAGUUUGAAUAAUAGCACUUUAUCUAAAACAUAGAUUACGCAUAGGAAAUGUUGGUCUGGCUUUCUGGUACAUACAUGGCCUAGCCAUGUUCCUGCUGAAAGAUAUCUUAGCAAUGUAACGUUGGCAACAGCAAGAAUUAGGCCCAGUUUGAAGCAUAAAAAUGUCCUUUCCACUUGAUCUAACGAUAACUGGAAAGCCAACCCCAAGGACAAAUGAAAGGCCUGGAAGCGGAAGAAAGCCUCAGAGGCCAUUGAGUGCUAACAGAGCCAGAAGCACAAAGUCAAACAUUUUUGGAGACUACGAAGAUGACAGGAAAGUAGAGAAAACUGAAAGAAGGCCUACUGCAAGGGUUAAAUCAGCACCAUCCCACAAAACAAAAGAUGUCAAGUCACCAUAUGACUCCCUAAAAGGGGCAUCUGUUAUCUCUAAAUCAGAGCUUGAGGCAGUCAAGUCAAUCACAAGCACUGAAGACAGUGAGGACAAAAGAGCUCAGAUAAGGCACCCUGCACCUGAAGGUGUUCCAAAGCUUCAACUUGGAAAUCUUAUUGAUAAGGAUAACAGGCUUCAAAAGCCUGUUGAUGACUACAAACCUUCAAUUGCAACACCAAAUUCAGCCUCCAGUGUUGAUUGGGGAACUCCACUCAACAGCCGAAGACCCCCAUCUGGAAAGAAACCAAAGGGUGGUGGUUGGCAGGUUAAUCAAUCAAGACCCGUAAAGCCCAUCUCUACUCCAAAACCAAAGAAGCACGAUGAUGUUCCAAGCUUAGACUUGCAACUUUCUAAGAGCAAUGAGGGGUUAAAAGAGCUAACAAAGGUAGCAAGAAUGGUGCACGAAGAUUUGAAGAUCGAGUAUAUGGGUGCCCCAAAGAAAGUUCAAGCAGCUCAUGACGAAGAAAAAGUGCUGGACAACCAGUUUGGAAACUCAGAGCUAGAAGAUGAUGAGAGGCAACCUGAGAAUGACACCAAGAAUGCUGCCAUUGAUUUAAACAAGCUUGGAGAAAGCAGAAAGAAACAUUUUGUCGAAGAAACUUUGCUCGUUGACCAACUUACAAGAUCAGCAAUAUCAGCAAAGCCAUUUACUCCAAACACACCAGAUCCAUUGGAUUCGAGGCAGAAACGACACAGAGAUCUCUUCUCUUCAAGCUCUCCAAUCACUGGACCAAGCUCAGACAGUUCUCUAUUGAAAAGGUUACGAUUCGGAGCAAGAAUUUUGACCAGAAAUGGCCACGAUGCUCACCGAGAGAUCAAUGGAUUCUUUUUCCCUAACGACGGAACAAUUACAAUGUACGAAUUCAGACAAUUUGGCACAAGGUCAAAUGCCCUGCCUUUCAUUCAGCGUGGAUCUUACAAUCACAUCAAAGGACCGAGAAAAGGGAGACAGUUUACAUUGCUUGAUAUUCAGCCAGGCCGUGAUCUACAGUUUCGUACAGAAAAUCAAGCGUCGCUUCCGGAUUCUUUGAAAGGAAAGCCGAUUAUUGCAUUUAGAAUUACCGAAGUGGACGGUACCGCCAAAGAAAAGCUAUUGUUUGAUGGUUGCAGAACGCCAAAGGAGCGUUCUGAGCGUGAAUCUUGGAUUGACAGCUACGAGUCUGCGGAGGAGAAACAGCGAAAGGAGAUCUUGAUAGCACUUAGAGGGUCGAUUCAAAAGAAACUGAAAAAGCGCGCAGUAAAAACCGUUGUGAAUCUUGGAAAGCACUUCAGAAAAAUGAACAAAUCUGGUGACGGUGCUCUUGACAAAGAUGUGCUUAUAGCAGCUUUGCAUGAGUUUAGAAUUGAAGUUCCUGAGGAGUGUCUUGAUAUUAUCUGGCAAACAGUGGACACAAAUGAGCAUGGAAAAGUUGAUUAUGAUGAAUUUGUGAGAAAAUUUCUGGGAGAUAUGAACGAGUAUCGGAAAAUGCUUGUUAGGAAGGCAUUUGCUCGACUAGAUACAUCUAAAAAUGGCUGGACAGCAAAAGAUAAUCUAAAGAAAUUUUUCAAUGGAAGAAAACACCCCAGAGUCGUGUCAGGGGAGUUAUCUGAGCAAAUAGUAAUAAAUGAAUUUUUUUCGAAUUUCGAAGAAACAGAAAAAAAAGGAGAGGUAUCCUAUUCGGAAUUCGAGGAUUAUUAUGAAGGACUAAGCAUACAAGUUGACACCGACGAAGAAUUUACCGCCAUAAUGCGAAGCAGUUGGGGGGUAUGACAUUAAAUGAUUGACCUUAUUAAAAGAUAAGUAUGGAGAUUACGUCAUUCGUCCCAGACCUUCAUAUAUAAUAAAUCAGUUUAGAUAUUCGUUAUCAACUUCAGAACCUGUGCUUAAGAGCUUCAAAUCUAUGAUCGUUGAUUGUCUUGUAGCGUCUUCAGUCAUCAGAGCCUUAUCUCAUCAGAGUCGUCAGAGACGACAGUUGUCGUACUGUAGAAAUUUGCAAAACAGUCUUAUGUGACGUGAUAUAAGUAUCACUUUAGUAUUGCAAUCAUUUUCCCAUCAAAACUUAGGAGACAUGCUUCUUUGAUAACCUCAUCUUAGUUUCGGUAGAACGAAAUUCGGUCACUUCAGUUGCGUGCCAUUGGGUAUUCUCUUAAGGUAGAACAGAGGUAUAACACAUCUAUAAUUUUGCUCCUGCCUCAGCUUAUCCUUUUGCCAUGCUAUCUUCGCAAAUGUGUAGACACCAAAGCUAAGGAAGUUUCUUGAUGAAUUAUAUACUAUUGCAAUUUAAUUUUUAAUUAGAAAUUCCUCAUUGGUAUUAUUUCAAUUGAUAUUCUCCUGCAAAUCUUCGUUUACUGCAUUUUCCCCGCCAUUUUGUUCAAGGAAAGAACGUUUUGCUAGCAAUUGUUUUCAUCCCCUUCUGAGCUGAGAAACUUUUCAAACAUUUUGAUUAAAAGCACGUUGGCCUUCCUGGCUUUUUUCCUUAUUCUGAUUCAUAUGCUGCAGUGAUUGAACCCCCUUCUUGGACCACACCUUUCUUGAACCACGCCUUUCUUGAACCAUACCUUUCUCGUACCAAAAAAUUUGGGCUUAGCCUUCUUGAAAUUUUGGGAUUCAAAUUUGUUGUUAAGAAUCGUAUAUAUUCUGUUUGCUGGCACUUUUACCAGGGUUGGCGCUAGAUGGCUUUAGCCUUCCCUCAGAAGUUAAAAAAACAGACUCAGGGACAUUUUAUAAGCCCCUUCCAUGGCCUCGUAUGAGACAGAUACUUAAAUCAGUCAGCCCCUCUUUCAGAUCAGUCAGCCCCUUUUUCAAAUCUCAGUCAGCCCCCUAGUCAAAAAUUUCCUAAGCUAUUCGUACUUCUUAAAUUAUUCGAUUAAAUAUUUGUUCCUAUCAUAGCGCACUGUAGUUGUCUGUCAUCGAUUUUAUUACCCAACACUUCAAAUCA